AAGGGCCUUUGGCGAGCAAGGGGCUGGGCAGGGUUUUGGGCAGGCUGGCGUUAGCAGAGUCAUCGAGGAGGUCCACGUCAAUACCAGCCUGCUGAGGCCAAUAGAGCUGGAAGUUGACCCCGAGUUCCAGAGAGUGCGGUCAGAUGAGAAAGAGCAGAUCAAGGCUCUCAACAACAAAUUUGCAUCGUUCAUUGAUAAGGUUCAAUGCCUUGAGCGGCAGAACCAGGCUCUGAUGGCCAAAUGGGAACUCCUGCAGCAGCAAAGUGCCCGACCAGAAGAGAGCAGAAAUAUCACCUCUUUCUUCCAGUCCUACAUCAACAACCUGCAGAGGCAGCUGGAAAUGCUCCAGAGCCAGAAGGAGCAGCUGGAUCCAGAGGCAUAUAACAUGCUUCAGCUUGUUGAAGAUUAUAAAAAGAGAUUUGAGGAAGAGAUCAACAAGCGCACGUCGAAAGAGGAGGAUUUUGUGGAGCUGAAAAAGGAACUUGACAGCGUCUACAUGGGAAAAAUGGAGUUUGAUGUUCGGGUGGAAAUACUGAAGCAGGAGCUUGAGUUCCUCAGAUGUUUACAUGAUGCUGAGCUGUCCCAGCUGCAAACAGUAGCUGGCAACACCAAUGUCGUUCUGUCCAUGGACAACCACAGGGAUCUGAACAUGGAUGGCAUCAUUGAAGGAGUCAGGCAAGAGUAUGAGGCAAUUGCUCAGAGAAGCAAAGCUGAAGUAGACGACAUGUAUCGGGGCAGGUUCCAGGACCUUCAGGAAAUGUGGGUAAAUCAACGUGAGCAACUGAGGACCAGUUACCAGGAAAUCCAGGAACUCAUCAGGCAGAUUCAAAGACUGCAACCAGAAAUUGAAAUUGCAAGGAAAAAGAAUGCCAGCCUCCAGGACACCAUUAAAGACGCUGAGCAGCGUGGGAGCUCUGCCAUCAGGGAUGGCCAGGAAAAGUUUCAGAAGCUGGAAAAUGCCCUGCAGCAGGCCAAGGAUGACCUCACUCGCCUUCUUCGUGAUUAUCAGAAACUCCUGAAUGCAAAAUUGACCCUGGAUGUUGAAAUAGCCAUGUAUAGAUCGCUCCUUGAGGAGGAGGAGAACAGGUAG